UUGUAAAACUACAAGUUAUACUCAACUCUUUCUCAAAACUAAUCCCAACUUCAACGUAUCUUGAUCAAAAAAUCAUUUCUUUCCUGAGAAGCUAGGACCAUAGCUAUGGCUUUCAAUAAUACAAUAGAAUACCUCGAUCUUAUGGAUCGACUAAACCGAACCCAAAUUCCUGACGAUGUUGUAAGAAACUUGAGGAAGUUCAACGCCACUAUAUACGAAUCAGAUCUGGAGAAAAAGUAUGGCGAACCUCUGGAAGUGAUUGGGUACUACAUCAUUUUCGCAUCCCUGUGUUGCAUCAUUGCAACGGGGUUUGAUUUAGUACAUGGUUUUCGGAGCAAAAAGCUAUGGUUCCCGGUUAAAUACUUUCCUCUUAAUGCUGUUACUCUCGCCGGGAUAACUGUAGCAAUGAAGUUACCCGUGGAUCUAAGUGGUUCUAUGCCUGGUGCUGUGGACCAAGUGGCAAAGAUCGGAAGCAUCGCCUUUAUGUGCACCAUAAUGGCUAAUUUCUUGCCUUCUUUAGCAACCAUGAAUAGCAAUGAGCUUUUGACAAACGUCAUAGCUUUGAGUGUUCUAGUAAUAACCUUGGUGGUAAAUAUUUGCAUCCAAAUAUCUACUGGUGUUGUUGGAAAUAUUCCCCACAAAGAGUUUGAUAUUAAAUUACUUGAACGUGUAUAUAACACUCAAUAUCAGCAAAACGAAUUUGUAUGGAUAGGAAUAGCCAUACUCAAUGUGGCUUUGUUGCUCUUGUUGUUGAUAAUACUUGUAUCUUCAUCUUUUGCGAUCCUAAAUUCCAAGCAAAUUAUAGAACUAAAAUACCAAGAAGUUCAUGAAAAAGCUUUAAUAGAUGACCUUCACUCAACCGGAGAGUUAUUAACCGUUGAGAAGCUACACCAGCAAGUGAGCAAGUACUGGAUCAUGGCAGGAAGUGGCAGCCCCCAAUUCAUCUCAGCAUGCUCUGUUACAACCACUGCUUCUGGGGUAAUAUGUGUUUUAACCUUUCUCUUGCACCUUCUUACUAUGUUGUGGACAAUUGCUUUAUGUGUAGAACCGGAGACAAAUCCAACUAAAUCCUAUGAUUCACCAUAUAAAUGGUCAACAUUCGGUAUUUUCAUAGUACAAUCUAUCGGAAUCAUACUUGGUACAGUUGCACCAUUUGCUAGAUGUUUUGCAUCCAUAAGCUUUAAGCUGUCCAUUAAAAGCAUGUUUAAAGUAGAGAAAUACUGGUUUCAAACGUUACUAGACUGGAAAUAUGGAAGUAUUUCACUCCCAUUACUUCGUAUUUCAUUCCCAUUUGGUAAACACAAAUCCAAGGUGGUCAUCAGGACUUUGAAAAACGUAGUUCUCCACUUUUGUAUAAUACUUCAGGUGGUAGUUGUGGUAGUAUGCAAGAUAAUAGUGUUGGUCCCCUUUCCCCUUACCAUAUGUUUGCGUUGUUUGAAGUGGUUAUUUCGGGCCGUGUUUAGUUCAGGGGGGGAAACGAAUGAAAACACAGAACAACGCAAAUAUGUUUUGCAAGUUGGAAAUGAACACCAGCUUGCUGAGAGCACAUUGAAACGUUUAUUAAAAUCUCUCAGCGAAUUGAUCAAAAAGAGUGAAAAGAAAGAACCCAAACGUCUCUUAAAUCUAAUUAAAGAAAACCCCAAUAAAAAUUUUCAAGGAGUUAGAAUGUUCGACAAGGACGAUCAUCAUGUUCAGUGUUCACCAUCAAAAGUAGAAUAUCAAGAUUGUUGGAGCUUAACAGCGGUAACGUUAACAACCAUUGCCAUUACUCUUCCUAACAUUGAAAAGGCGAAACGUGAUAGCUUGUUGAAAAGUGUGCGGCAAGGCCUUGAAUACGUUACACUUGUAGAAGAAACGCUCGAUCUUAAUGUCAGCAUUCAAAACGCCGCAAAAAUAUUGUGGGAAGAGGUUGAUUUCCGUCACAAAUGGUUAGGAAGCAAGUUGAAAAAAAUUGCUUCUCAAGUGAAUAAAGGUGGUGCCCAAGUAGAUGCAAAUCUGCAAAUUGUUCAGUUGUUCUUGAAGAAAGCUACAUCCAAGAUCGAGAAAGGGAGGGGAAGUCCGAAUAUUUGUGCAAACUCAAUGUCUUGUGUCACUGAAAGCAUCAUUAGAGACAAAGAAAGCCACAAGAAAUUAUUCCAUGAAUUAUCAUCAAGGAUCACCGACAUAAUGGCUGCAUGUCUCACCAACCUACCUCAUGCCAUAGCAAAGAAGUGCCACACUAGUGUGAUAGAGAAAAGGGAGGAAAGUGUCAAAGUUGCAGCCAAACUUCUAGGUGAGACGAAGAAGAUAAUCAACAUCCUUCAAGAAGAUUAUGAUAUUCCAAAUAUGGAACCAAAAGACUUGCCAUUUAUUGAUAAAUGGUGUGCUUAUUUAAGUGGACCCUGAAUCACAGUAAUGAAAGUGCCAAGCUAAUAUGAUUCAUAUGGACCACACCUACUCCUCAAAGUAAAUCUGGUGAUAUCAAGAUCGAAUUAAUAUGAUCUUUCUAAAAAUUGUGUUGUAUUUUGGUUUCUAGUUAAUUUGUAAAGUUAUAACAAGUUCUUCUGGUGAAGUCCUUGUUUGUAAUAAUGUGCCCUAUCUAUAUUUUCCUACAUGUAAGAUAUAUUUUGCUCGUUAUAUGUAUUUUACUUUUGGUAUGGUU